GCUUUCAAUCAAAAGUCAAAUAUAUCAGUCAGCGUCGCGGAAUUUGUUUCAGAAUAAAUGAUUAAUGUAAAAUAAGUAUUUUCAAAAUGAAAUCUGUAAAAAUAAUUAAACGAAUAAGUGGGUCGUCUUAUCUUAGUUUUAACACUGGUACUCAAAAUAAUAUCUUCAAACCACAAAUCCGAUACAGUUACAGUGCUACAGUGGGGUGUUUGAACUCUAAAAGUUACUAUCCUUUAGCUAUAAAUGUACGAAACUUAGGAUUAGGACCCACCUCUAAGGAUUUCGAGGACCCACCCCAGCUAUCGGGUCCUCUUACAAAAGCGCACGCGACUGAACUGGUAUUACAUUUAAAAGAGGAAGAAAGAAAAAUACUAUUUAACGCCCUACAAGAAUACGAAUCAAAUAGAAUAAAAGAAGAAUUCGAAGAUAAGUUAGCUGGCCAGAGAUGGAGAACGAAGCUGGGGAGACCUAGUAAAGUUCCAACCCUUGGAGAUGUGGAUCCUACGGGAACUUACUGCCCUGUUCCUGAGGAUUGGCUUAAGAAAAAAUAUGCUGCUACUGUGCCAAAACCUACAACCAAGGAACUGUUGCAUUUAUCACUUGCAAAUUCAAUACCAUUCAUAGGAUUUGGAUUUCUGGAUAAUUUCAUCAUGAUAAUUGCUGGCGAUCGCAUAGAGAGCAGCAUGAGCGCGUACAUAACGCUGUCGACGAUGGCGGCGGCGGCGCUCGGCAACACGUUCAGCGACGUGAUCGGCAUCGGCUCCUCGUACUACGUGGAGCGCGCCGCCGCGCUGCUCGGCCUCGGCGCGCCCGCGCUGUCCCCCGUGCAGCUCGACAUGCCCGUCAGCCGCCGCUUCGCCAACGUGGGUCGCGUUUUGGGCAUCACACUGGGUUGUUUUCUGGGAAUGACUCCAUUACUCUUUAAGGACGACGAGAAAAAACCUGAGACUUAAUACUUCAUAUCACCUUCGACUGAAUAGUCUUAGCGGAAAAUUUAUUCUUCUCACUGUGAUUAGAACCAAACCUGCACUGAAUUUCUAAGUAUAAGAAGUCCUAUUUCAAAGGAUAGUGCUAUAAAAUCUAUUUUUAUUAGUACGAUAGUACAGCUUAUAUAACUAAAUAUUCAUAUUAAGGUUUAUUAUACGGAAUUUCAGGAUUUGUGAAUUUAUUCCUAAUGAAAAAAUAAAUGUGCAUUAAUCAAAAAUAUUUGUUCAAUAUAAUAUUUCUCAUUAUUUUUUAAUAUAGCAUUAUAUUUGUUUUUCUAUUAAAAUGAUGGAAUACUAAAUACUCAAUAUUACAUUAUUAUGUAAUGUUCCUUAGCGACACGAAAUAUAAAUGCUUCCGAUAAAUCGAAUUACUUUAUGUAUAGAUUUAAUAACGAUAUAUUUAUUAAUAAUAUGACUUAUAAACGAUAUAUUUUUCGCUAUGAAAUACUGUUUAACUAUAUGCCGCUUUGCUCUUCAUCUGUGUCUAUACAGUGUUGGCGAGUAUUUAUUCUAAAUGACCCCAAAGUUGCGUGGCGUACACUAAUAUCUCGUACCUAACCAUAAAUAUUAAGAAAAAGGUAGCUUUGUUAACAAAAUGUACAACAUUAAUGCAUUUAAAACUGCACUUCUUUUGGGCUUACUGGCCCAUGAGUGAGGUUUUUAACAAUUUACUUAAGUGUAUAAUUUUUUAAUUCCAUAUAGCCUUAAAUAGGCCUAAUAAACGAUACUUGCCAAUUCUCUCUAAAUUCUAGACGGCACAAUUUAAUAUAAUUUUCAUACGUAUCGUAAUUGUCCUUAGGUACGUAGCGACUAGUCAGGGUUGUACGAAUAUUAUAAGCACCAUAUUUAUAGAAUUAAGCAAUAUGUAGUGAAGUACGCUCUACGGCCGCUUAAUUGUUUGUAUGUAUAUGUAAAUACUAAUUUUAUUUACUAAUCGUGUAUUAACUGUAAUUAUACGUUACAAUUACAAAUUUUAUUAUUUAGAAUAGAAGUUUAUUAAAUGUUGUAAAUAUAA